AUGAACAAUCGACGAGUUCAUGCCAAUAAUAGAUUAAAUGAUAAUAAAAAAUUGCGAAGGAUAAAGGCUGUGAAAGAUCUCUUUAAUAAAAAGGAUAGCCGAAUUAUGAGUUAUAGAAAACGGGAUCUGUUAAAAAUUCUGGCAAAUCAUGCAUAUCAUUCACUGGAAGUGAGUAAAACUGAAGAUAAAGGUUCAAAAUCGGUCAUUAAUGUUUAUGAUCUAUUGUGGCGCUCAGAAGAGUUGAGACUUUUAUUAAGAAAUGUUCUCGAUAAACAUGUAAGAGUGAGACAAAUGGCGCAGCAAUUGCGACCUCGGAACUAUGAUGACGAGAUACAAUGCUAUGAUAAAAUACCACCGGAUGAUGCUCCCGAUUGGUCAUAUGUUGAUCAACCAGAUAUGGUAUAUGACACAGAAUAUACAGACGAUUUAAAUAUUGAUGAUGAAGAUUUAAACGCAAUUUUAGAAGAUAAAGCGGAUAAAUCUGAAAGUUUUAUGCAAGAAGAUUAA